GAAGGUCUUUUUAUUUCCGCACCUAUUAAUGUGCACCUAUUCUUUUCGUUUUUCCACGCAUAAUUUCUACACCAUACAUAAUUUUCGCACUUUAUGUAAAUUACGCCAUUAAUAUUUCAUGCUUCACGCCCCUUUAGCAGUGUGAUUUAUUUUUUUUUUUAACCUUUUUCCUACGAGGAGGGAAUGAAGGGGAUUUUAGCGCGAUGCUUAAGUGGGUGUUUCUUAUUUUCGCGACUUGUGAAAAUACGAAAUUAAAACCCCAUGAACUGUUGAUUUUUGCUUUUCGCGAUAAAUGAACCUUUGAGAUGUUUAUCCGAUCUUUCGUGAUGCAUUUGUUUUUCCCGUCCAUCUUUGAAAAAGUAUUUUUUUUGUUCCUUAGGAAUUUACUUCUUCUUCACGUGCGAAGCAAAGAGUGGUCAAACUGAAUGUUGAGUAAAGGUGUUUGAGUGAAGCUAGCCCUCGCCCCUUCAACAAGAUUACCCGUCUGCAAGUAAAGCCCACAAGCGAUAAAACAGAGCUUGGCGAUCCGGUUUCGGCAGGAGGCUCGCGAUCAACGCCUUUAUGUCGCCUGGACGCAAUUAAAGAUAAUGACUGAAAAACUCCAAGCCUGGGGAGAUUUUGUAAACCGUUACACGGCACAUUCAUCGCGGCAUUCAAGCCCGGAAAGAGAAGUAGACUUUGGAGAUAUGAGGCUCACUCCUUCGCCAAUCUCACCUGUGUUUAGUACAGCCGAUAAGCAGUUCUGUAGACGAGAUAACAUCGAUCAAUGUAUCGCUUAUUUAAACCAGGAACUUGGUGUUCUUGGCUUUUCCUCACUUUUUACACCUUCUCGCAAUGGACGUGGGCCUCCAGAUACAUUUGACAUUGUGAAAUUGGUGAACAGCACUUAUGAACUCUUGCAACAACAACAGCAAAACAUGAAACAACUAACAGAUCUUGAGCAGAAGAUUCUUCGAUCUGAGUGUGAUAAUGAACAUCUUGUACAGACACAGAAAAGACUUAAGGAGCAGUUAGAAUCAGCCCAGAGAGAGGUUGCUUUGAGAAACGAGAGAGAAAGACAACUUCAAGGAAAACUUUUGAAGGCAAAAGAAGACCUGAAAUUAGAAAGAGAGGAAUUAAAGAAAACCAAAGCCAAUUCACACCACUUGCAAAAACAGUUUGACCACGAGACAAGAAAAAAAGAAAGAGAAUUAAGUAAACUUAAGGAAAGGAUUCACCAACUCCUAACAGACAAAAACCAAGAAAAGAAAGUUGGCUUGGACAUCUUAAAUCUAAUAAACAGACCUGCAGGAGCACAACGUGCAAUGUGGAAGACUGGAUCUGCAAAAAAUGAGGAAGAAAUGUAUAGAAUGCUCGUCACAAAUUAUGAAGAAAGAGAAAAGGAACUCAUGGUGGAAAAUAAUGACAUGAGGGAAACUCUUAAAAGCAUGCAGGUGGAGUUAAUAAAACUGCUUAAUCAGCAGAAUGAAGAUUAUGAAAGUAACACAGAGGUUGGUGAAAUCAGUGAGUCUGGAUCAGUUGAGGAAUUAUCAACAGGACAUUUCAAUAUGCCAUAUGAUAUGGUUAGAGAAGGAAUUGAGAGUAGUUUAAGAGAAAAAUGGAGAUUGCUAAAGUCAAGAUUAGAGGAAGCAAAUAAAGGCUCUUCAAAUGGACCCUCUUCCCCAAAAGCAGAGGAAAUUUCAAGGUUGGAAAGGCAGUUAGAGAAUUACAGACAUGUUGUGGAACAGCAGAAACAACUCAUAGAAUCCUUGCAGUCAAAGGUUAAUUCUCCCUCAAAUGAUUCAACAUUUCUGGUUAACUCUCAGUUGUAUGAGGAACAAGAAAAAUUUGAAUCUGACAAGCAGUUCUUUGCCGAGCGAAGAGCAGCAUUAGAGAAGGAGAAGAGACAGCUGACAGAUGCUGCUGUAAAACUUGGGCAUGAGAGAAAGAAGUUUGAAGAGGAACGAGCCUCGUUUUACAAGCAACAGCUCUUGACACCGCUAAGAAAUCAGUCACCUGAGGGAAGAAAAUCAAAAUCACCAGAUGGCCCUCGGCUUCAAGUCAGCCCCGUGUCGUUUUCUCCCGCACCAAGAGGUCUUAUCUCAUUCGAAACCAGAGGCACUCCUAAUAUCCCGCGGGACGGACCCGUUGAAAUCCCGAACACAGAAGAGCUAUUUAAGGCCUUGUCUCUAAAAACAGAAAAUUCUAAAGCUUUCGAUGUAACUAACGGCACACCUCUCAAAGGUUAUUCCAUAGUAGAGGGAUCCGACAGGACAUCACUGCCCAUGAAACAGCCAUCCAGUGGUGACUCUUUGAAAGAAAACCAGAUUGACUCGAAUACCCCGGACGCCAAACAAGCGAGGAGAAUCAACGAACAUGCGCGGAAUGUCAAGAAAGCUCUGCAGUUGAAAUCAAGCUCAUCUGGUGAUUUGUAAAAGUUGGUACCAGGCCAGCACUAAGAAUAGGUUAUUUCAAACCCUCUUGAGUUAGAGAAGAAAAUACGGCAUUAGCUCGAGGUCACCAUAGCUUACGCUGUAGUCUCGGUGUGCGAAACCACCUGAACAGUUAUAUUGUGCCAGAGUAAUUAUCUGUUAAGUCUAGAAUCACCCGUUUCCUUUGCUGCUGACCAGGAGACGUUUCUUGCCAACAAAUCUCUUUAGAGGCCCAAUGGCGCUCAAUUGCACAAGUUCUUGUAAAAAUUAUUGUGAACAAUUCUGGUGAGUGUGUCGGAAUUCUGCUAAAAGUGGCUCUUUGCAUUACUGUAUCAUUUAGGUUGACAGAUUUCUCUGUCGUACGCACUAGGGCUCCAUCCAUGAAGUUAGUCAUUUAGAACAUUGAAUACUUAUCAUUUCCAAAUUAUUCCUAUAAAGCUAUAGAAAUGUCUGUUAGAAUCUUCAUGAAGCAAGAAUUGUUAACAUCGUCAUCUAUUGUAGCAAAUCGACACACUCAAUGAAUUGAAUGUUAACAAGAGAAGGGGUUAAACUAGAAGUGUGGGGUGAAAAAUGCGGCUGUAAAUGUAAAAUGUUUAGUUAAGUGCACUAUACAAGUUAAAAAUGUGAUAGGAAGAUAAUAACUGACACCCUGAAUAAGCCCGAUUUUCGUAAAAAAAAAUGAAUUGAAAUUGAAAAAUCUUCCAUCUUUUUAUUUACUUACAACACAAUUUCGACGUGGUUGAUCCCCGCAGAAUGCUGAACGCAUGUCACACAUGAAUCUAGUGAGGCCUUAAAUGCCAAAUAGUUCUUUGUCUCUCAAUCUUAAAACAUGGUUCGCGAAAUAUGAAUGACUGAGGUUCUAUUCCUUUUGAGGGGGGACGUGGAUUUUUGUUUUCCAAGACAAGACAAAUAACGUAUUUCCUUCGUAUCCCAGUAGGUUCCACUUUCAAUAUGGGUUGUACUUUACAUUUCUUUAUGACAUUUUCUGAGGAGCUGACAAGGAAGUUAAAAAAAAACAAAAGAAUUAAGAGCCUCUUUA